AUGCUUUGCAAAUUCGCAUCAAUUGCCGUGGUCCUGGCUCUUGGAAUCUCAACCCAGGCCACCCAGACUUUCAGUAACACGGGAACAACCUCAGGCUGGGACGCCACCAAUGCCGAGCACUCUGGUACCGUCCAGCAAGUGACGAAUGUAGUGUACAAAGGUACAACCGCGUUGAAAAUGACCCAAGUCUACGACUCCAGCUACACCGGUCGCUACCAUUCCGAGGUUGUCAAAAACUCAGUCUACAAGCGUGGCGAUACCGGUUUCUACGGCUUCGCCUUCCGCCUCCAAGAAGACUGGCAGUUCUCGCCAGCCCAAAGCUACAACAUUGCUCAAUUCAUCGCCGACUUUAGCGACACCGGCUGUGACGAUUGGAUGCCAUCCAGCAUGGUGUGGCUUGUGGGAAACCAGCUAUACUCACGCGUCAAGCAAGGAACUAUCUGCGCCCAGAAAAUUCAAACUUUCUCUAACCUGGCUACCGUCUCUGCGGGCGUGUGGCACCGUGUCGAAAUUCAGGCUAGCUGGAAGACGGAUGGUACUGGAUAUUAUAAGAUUUGGUUUGAUGGGGUUAAGGUGCUUGAGGAGUAUAACAUCAAUACAACAAUUGAAGAUGACCGAGCGUUCCAAUUCCGUGCUGGUCUUUAUGCGAAUGGCUGGCACGAUGAUGGAACUUUGAAGGGGACACAGGGCACGCGCCAGGUGUGGUAUGAUCAGAUCUCGUCAGGAUCUGUUUUUGCCGAUGCCGACCCUGCUCAGUGGUAG